GCGGCCGCGCGGCGCGACGGGAACGCGGCAGUUCAGCAAAACAGCGCGCACGGCAAAAUUAAUCAUCGGAGAAGAAGGAGAAGGGAAGGGACGGCAGGGGGGCCGGGAGCGGGGCCGGUGUCAGCGCCGGGGCAGGGUGCGCUCGUGCCAGCGCAGCGCUCAGCGCCGCCUGCGCCCUGCCAGCACCAUCCCGUGGCAGCGGACCCUCGCCCCGUGAGUCAGAGGCGCUGUGGGAGCUCCGUGCAGCCUUAUCUCGCGUCCCUUUUGUGGCCCGGCGCUGUGUGCGGCUCUGCGCGGCGGGGAGGCGGUGGCAGUGAGACACGCUGCACCCGCACCAUGCUGCGCUUCCUCUGGGACAGCAUCUCCCUGCAGAUGCUCUUCGUCUUCCUCCUUGUCUUCCUGCUUGUCUCGGACUACAUGAAGAGGAGAAAGCCAAAGGACUUCCCCCCAAGUCCUUUUUCCUUCCCUUUCCUGGGAAAUGUGCAGUUUAUGUUUGCGAAAGACCCCGUGGUUGCAACACAGAAGCUUACUGAAAAACUUGGGGAUAUCUUCAGCAUGCAAGCAGGCACCCAGUCAUUUGUGAUUGUAAAUGGACUUCCACUGAUCAAGGAAGCCCUUGUGACCCAGGGAGAGAACUUCAUGGAUCGCCCUGAAAUUCCUCUUGACACAGAUAUCUUCAGCAAACUGGGGCUGAUCUCUUCCAGUGGGCACCUGUGGAAGCAGCAGAGAAGGUUCACUUUGACCACCCUUCGAAAUUUUGGCCUGGGGAAGAGGAGCCUGGAGGAGCGGAUACAGGAGGAGUGCCGAUUCCUCACGGAAGCUUUCAGGGAUGAGCAGGGAAAUCCUUUCAACCCUCACCUUAAAAUCAACAAUGCUGUUUCAAACAUCAUCUGCUCCGUCACCUUUGGCAACCGGUUUGAAUACCAUGAUGAGGACUUCCAAACCUUGCUGCGGCUGAUGGAUGAGACUGUUACCCUCCAUGAGAAAAUAAUGAGCCAGCUGUACAAUGCUUUCCCCUCCAUAGUGAAGUACCUCCCUGGAUCCCACCAAACCAUAUUUAAAAACUGGAGGCUCAUGAAAGAUUUUGUGAACGAGAAGAUCAGCAAACAUAAGGAAGAUCUGAGCCCCUCAGAGAGCCGGGACUUCAUCGACAGCUACCUGCAGGAGAUGGCCAAGCCCAGUGGCAGUGAAUUCCAUGAGGAAAACCUGGUGGCAUGUGCUCUUGACCUACUGUUUGCUGGGACUGAGACCACUUCCACAACCAUCCGCUGGGCCCUGCUGUUUAUGGCCGUAUAUCCGGAAAUUCAAGCCCAUGUACAAGCGGAGAUCGAUGCUGUCAUUGGGCAGGCCCGGCAGCCAGCCCUAGAGGACAGGAACAACAUGCCCUACACCAAUGCCGUCAUACAUGAAGUGCAGAGGAAAGGCAACAUCAUCCCUUUCAAUGUGCCGAGACAGGCGGUGAAGGACACAGUCUUGGCUGGUUUCCGGGUGCCCAAGGGUACUAUUUUGAUCCCAAAUCUGUCCUCUGUGAUGUAUGACAAGAAGGAGUGGGAAACCCCUCACAGUUUUAACCCCGGGCAUUUCCUGAAGGAUGGUCAGUUCUGGAAAAGGGAGGCUUUUAUGCCGUUUUCUAUAGGGAAGCGCGCUUGCCUGGGUGAGCUGCUGGCCCGCGCCGAGCUCUUCCUCUUCUUCACAUCUCUGCUCCAGAAAUUCACCUUCCAGGCUCCCCCGGACACCAUCCUUGACUUCAAAUUCACCAUGGGCAUCACCUUGGCCCCACGGCCCUACAAGAUCUGCGCAGUGCCGCGGUAGGGAGCGCAGCCACUGUUUUCAAAGGGGGAACUUCUCGGCUUUGGAGCUGUUCCACAGUCUGAGUCCUUGCCAGCUGCCAUGGGCUCAUCAGCGGAUUUAUUUCUUUGAAAGCAAUUACAAAGUCACUUCUUUUUACAAGCAGAUCUUGCACACUGUAUCAGAUGAGAGAGAGAAUCAGAUGACAAUUAGUAGAGGAUGGGCUGGGGCACUUCUGGGCUUGCAGCACAGCACUGUCAAUGAAUGAGGAGCUUAGGACAUUUUUAAUUCUAAGCAGGAUGGCCGUAAUUCAUAGCAGCAAGAAAAUCUGCAACGUUUUGGAGAAUGCCUCUCUUGAGCUGUGGCCCCGUUCUGUCAGAACACAGUACCAGCCCCUGCAGUACAACAUUAAUACCAGUAGCUAUCAGAAGCCAUUUUUAGCUUUGAUCUUUGGAAGAUAAUUUAUAAGAAAUAAAAUACAAACGUGUCUUGUA